AUGGGCUGCUGUGGCUGUUCCGGAGGUUGUGGCUCUGGCUGUGGGGGUUGUGGCUCCAGCUGCUGUGUGCCCGUCUGCUGCUGCAAGCCCGUGUGCUGCUGUGUGCCGGCCUGUUCCUGCUCCAGCGGUGGCAAAGGGGGCUGUGGCUCUUGUGGGGGCUCCAAGGGGGGCUGUGGCUCUUGUGGCUGCUGCCAGUCCAGCUGCUGCCAGCCCGUGUGCUGCUGUGUGCCAGCCUGUUCCUGCUCCAGCUGUGGCUCUUGUGGGGGCUCCAAGGGGGGCUGUGGUUCCUGCGGGGGCUGUAGCUCCUGUGGGGGCUCCAAGGGGGGCUGUGGGUGCUGUCAGUCCAGCUGCUGCAAGCCCUGCUGCUGUCAGUCCAGCUGCUGCAAACCCUGCUGCUGUCAGUCCAGCUGUUGCCAGUCCAGCUGCUGCAAGCCCUGCUGCUGUCAAUCCAGCUGCUGCAAGCCCUGCUGCUGCCAGUCCAGCUGCUGCGGCCCCGUUUGCUGCCAGUGCAAGAUCUAA